CCCGGGACAGCGGGGCCGGCGUCUCCCAUCACCUGGGGAGUCAGGGCUCCACCGCCGAGGGCGCAGACAACGCGAUUUGCCGGCAGGGGGCGCGCCCGGGCCUCCGCGCCCGCCGGCGACCGGAAGCCGGAAGUGCGGGGACGCGGCCGAGCCGGAGGGCUAGCCAGGGUGCGCGCGGGGUCGGGGCCCGGCCGGCCGGGUUCCGAGCUCCCUACUACCGCCCAGAAUCAGACUCCCGGACCCGCCCCGGAAGCCGAGAAGGGGGCACGGGCCCGGAGGCAGGAACCCCUGUUGGAGGAGCGCCGGGGACGCGGGCGGCGCUGUUGCUGGAAUUAAAGCUGGACUCCCAUUCAGGACAAACAGACCUAUAAUUCCUGGUGUGAUGAGAGAGUGGGAUUUGCUGUCCUGAAGUCAUUAAGCUUGGGCCCUGGUUCCUCGUCACGAGAGACUAGGGAGAUGGAAGACUUAAAAUCUGAGAAUAAAAAAAGGGUGCUUCCCGCAUGGAUGACAGCCCAGGUGGCUGAAAAGAGGACGGUGCAGGUGAAGACCCCCAAGUGGAGAACAGCCACGGUGCCAGUGGCUGCAGCAAGACUUCCUGCCAUGAGGACUGUGUACUGCAUGAAUGAAGCUGAAAUCGUAGACGUUGCUCUGGGGAUCCUGAUUGAGGGCCGAAAACAGGAAGUGCCGUUGGAGCAGCUGCCUCCGGCAGGCGCUGGUAAGCCGGAGCGGUCCCCGGCCAGCUCAGCGCCGCCGUCCCCGAGUCCCUGCGGGAGCAGAAGUGAGGACAGCGAGGACGAGGUCUGGGGGGAAGACGGCCCUCGCCCGGGGCCUGCGGGCUCUGACUCGGCCUGCGGCAGAGGCCUCGAGGAGGAGCGGGAUGCGCUAAAAUACGUCCGAGAGAUAUUUUUCAGCUGAGGGACAGAGACUUCCAGGGCUUUCUGCCCAGAGAGGCUGAAGGAAGCUGGGUUUCCCUCCUGGCCUGGGCGCUGCCCUCAGACUUCACGGCUUCUGCUCCCAGCUUUGCGGCUCUCGG